UUUAGAAUCACCAAAAGAAAUGCUUCGUUGAUUGUUUCGACACACACACAAAAACACAAAAAUAAAGAAUAAGGUGAAAAGGAAGAGACAUACAUGGGUGAGAAAAUGAAGCUACCUUAGUAGACUAGUACAACACAUGAACACUGAGUAUUGAAAGCUGAAAUGAACAAGAAACGAAACAGAACAACCUCACAACACAAGACACUCCUGAGUGAUUUGAGUGUGUGAGAAGAAACCGACAAGUUUUUGAGAUAAGUCCAAGCAUCCCAUGUGGUUUCCUCCCACUUUCCAUGAACUUUGUUUCUGUGCCCCUUCCAUUCUUCUCUUAAACCCACUUUUCUAAGGACAACAAUCCAAUCCAAUCCAAUCCAAUCCAAUCCAAGCUAGCUAACCUCUCAGCCAUGUGGGAAUCCCAGGGAGACUCAGCAGCAGGACUCAUCUCUUCAACCAAACUUGGAGUCCAAACUCAAGGGUUUCACCAAAGAGGAAGCUCUUGGUAUGUUUCAGCCGAUAUUCCAAGUGACCUCUUAAUUCAAGUUGCUGAAACUAACUUCCACUUGCACAAGUAUCCUCUGCUAUCUAGAAGUGCAAAGCUGAACAGAAUCUUAUACGAUUCGCGAGACCCUGACUUGAGCAAGAUUGUUAUGGAUGAUCUCCCUGGUGGACCUGAGGCUUUUGAGCUUGCAUCCAAAUUCUGCUAUGGAAUCCCUGUUGAUUUAACAGCAGGCAACAUCUCGGGCCUAAGAUGCACUGCGGAGUAUCUCGAAAUGACAGAGGAUUUAGAAGAAGGCAAUCUCAUAUUCAAAACAGAAGCAUUUCUAAGCUAUGUGGUCUUAUCUUCAUGGAGAGACUCCAUACUUGUGUUGAAAAGCUGUGAGAAGCUCUCACCAUGGGCAGAGAACCUUCAAAUCGUCCGAAGAUGCAGCGAAUCGAUUGCGUGGAAGGCCUGCGCCAAUCCGAAAGGAAUAAGGUGGUCAUACACAGGAAGAGCAGCCAAAGGUUCAAGCCCAAAAUGGAUUGAAAUGAAGGAUUCUAGCCCCAGCAGGAACCAGAAUCAAGUUGUUCCACCUGAUUGGUGGUUUGAAGAUGUUUCAAUCCUUAGAAUUGAUCACUUUGUCAGAGUGAUGACUGCAAUCAAGGUAAAAGGAAUGAGGUUUGAAUUGAUUGGUGCUGGAAUAAUGCACUAUGCAUCAAAAUGGCUGCCAGGGUUGAUGAUGAAUGAAGCAGCAAUGCCAGCAGACGAAUCAAGCAAUUUCAGCAACAGUAAUAGUAGCAGUAGUAGUGGUGGAGGACUUCACAUGAUUGUGGCUGCAUCCAAAGAAGAGAACACUUCAACUACCAGUCUUCAAGCCAAAGAUCAAAGGAUGAUAGUUGAGAGCCUAAUCAGCAUAAUUCCACAACAGAAGGACAGUGUUACAUGCAGCUUCUUGCUGAGGCUUCUUAGGAUGGCAAACAUGUUGAAAGUGGCACCUGCAUUGGUGAAUGAGUUGGAGAAGAGGGUGGGAAUGCAAUUUGAGCAAGCAACACUUGGUGAUCUUUUGAUACCUUGUUAUGAAAAAAGUGAGACUGUGUAUGAUGUGGAUCUUGUUCAGAGGGUGUUGGAGCAUUUUCUUGUUCAGGAGCAGACUGAGAGUGUUAGUCCAAAUAGGGAAUCAUUUUCGGAGAAGCAGAUGAAUGCAAAGGCAAGAGUUGCAAGGCUUGUUGACAGUUAUCUCACUGAAGUUUCCAGAGACAGGAACCUUUCCCUCACAAAGUUUCAGGUUCUUGCAGAAGCUUUGCCUGACUCAGCUAGGACAUCUGAUGAUGGCCUUUACAGGGCAGUUGAUUCUUAUCUUAAGGCACAUCCGACGCUUAGCGAGCACGAAAGGAAGCGACUGUGCCGAGUAAUGGAUUGCCAGAAACUGUCCAUUGAUGCUUGCAUGCAUGCUGCUCAAAAUGAGAGGCUACCACUAAGAGUAGUAGUCCAAGUUCUGUUCUCUGAGCAAGUCAAGAUAAGCAAUGCACUGGCCAACACUGCUUUGAAAGAAGGUGUUGGUGUUGAAUCUCAUCAGUAUCAGCCUCCUGUGCUCACCAACCGGAAAACACUUCUGGAAGGGACGCCGCAAUCGUUCCAAGAAGGGUGGACAGCAGCCAAGAAAGACAUUAACACACUCAAGUUUGAGCUUGACACUGUCAAGACCAAGUAUUUGGAGCUUCAGAAUGACAUGGAGAAUCUUCAGAAACAAUUUGACAAGCUCAUGCUCAAGCAGAAGCACACUUCACCAUGGACUAGUAGCUGGAAGAAACUCAGCAAACUCACCAAGAUCACAGAUAAUCAUCAUCAUCACAUUGCACCUCAGAUUCCAACUCCUGAAGAACCACACACCAGGAAGACAACUAGAAGGUGGAGAAACUCAAUUUCAUGACAAUCUCAUAUUCAUUACAAUCAUAUGUUUGGUGAUUAUGGAUUAAUUAUGUCAGUAAUUUUACACGCCAAGCUCAACCAUCAUAAUUUUCAACUUCUAUUAGACAAAUAAAAUUAGGACCUAAAUGAGAGGAGCACUAAUUUCCACGUGUGCAUAACUUUUUGAACUGUUAGAUACUGACACAACAGUCCAAAGAUUUUCUGGUCCGUUAUGCAAUCAGCAAAUUUUCGUCUCCACGGGACUAUUCAACAUAUCAAUUUAUUUUAGAAUAAUGUGUUUUAUUCUGUAUACCUUUAAUUAAAGCAAUCAGACACUACUUUAUGGUGUGCUGAAGCAAUCAAGCCGCCCUUGUACUAUUCAUUCUGCAAA